UGGAGCUUCUUUUCUCUCUCUCUCCUCAGUCCUCCUCAGCUCUCAUCCCGCAACGUUGCAAGCGCUGCACACCGAGUGGACUUUUUUUUUUUUUUUUUUUUUCCCCCCCCAAGUUUUUUUUUUUUCCACUUCAGUCAUGUUUUGCUGUCUUUGGGUCAUCCUGGUUUUGGCGUCAGCGGACGCGCAAACUUCCAGCCGCUUCGCGGUGGGCUGCCCGGCGCGGUGCGACAAGUCCAUGUGCCCCCGAUCUCCAUUGUCCGACUGCCCGGCGGGACAGACCCUCGACGUCUGCCAGUGUUGCCAGGUGUGCGCGUCCGGCGAGGGCGAGGCGUGCAGCGGCAGCGGCAAGCUCGGCGACCCGGUGUGCGGAGAGGGUCUGGAGUGCUCGGUGUCCGGCGGCGUCGGUUACACGGCCACCGUGCGCCGGAGGAGCAAGAGCGGCGUCUGCGCGUGCAAAGCCGCGGAGCCGGUGUGCGGCAGCGACGGAGUGUCUUACCGGAACAUCUGCGAGCUGAAGCGGGUCAGCCGCCGGGCGCAGAAGCUCCAGCAGCCGCCGGUGAUCUUCAUUCAGCGCGGGGCCUGCGGGAAAGCACAGGACAAUCCAGACAGCCCAAGACACAAGUACAAUUUCAUUGCCGACGUGGUGGAGAAAAUUGCACCAGCUGUGGUUCACAUUGAGCUCUACCGCAAGAUGACGUACUCCAAACGCGAGGUAGCUGUGGCUAGUGGCUCAGGCUUCGUGGUGGCCGAGGACGGACAAAUCGUGACCAACGCGCACGUGGUGGCCAACAAGCACCGCGUCAAGGUGGAGCUCAAGAGCGGCGCCAUCUACGAUGCCAAAAUCAAGGACGUGGACGAGCGCUCCGACAUCGCCCUCAUCAAGAUCGAAGCGCCGACCAAGCUCCCCGUGCUGCUGCUGGGCCGCUCGUCGGACCUGAGGCCGGGCGAGUUCGUGGUGGCCAUCGGUAGCCCCUUCUCCCUGCAGAACACCGUCACCACGGGAAUCGUCAGCACCACCCAGAGGGGAGGCAGGGAGCUGGGCCUGAGCAACUCCGACAUGGACUACAUCCAGACAGACGCUAUUAUCAAUUAUGGCAAUUCCGGUGGACCUUUGGUCAAUCUGGACGGUGAGGUGGUCGGAAUCAACACGUUAAAGGUGACCGCCGGCAUUUCUUUCGCCAUUCCCUCGGACAAGAUCCAGCAGUUCCUGGCGGAGUCCUAUGACAGACAGUCCAGAGGUACGGCAGCUCCCAAAAAGAAAUACAUCGGCGUGAGGAUGAUGACUCUCACUUCAGCAAUGGCCAAAGAGCUGAAGAGCCGACAUCGAGACUUCCCUGACAUCACCUCUGGCGCUUACGUCAUGGAAGUCAUUGCGAAGACGCCAGCUGCAGUCGGCGGCCUCAAAGAACACGACGUGAUCAUCUCCAUCAACGGCAAGCGGAUCUCCACGGCCAAUGACGUCAGCGCCGCCGUCAAAAAGGACAAAAGCCUCAAAGUGGUGGUGCGCCGCGGAAACGAGGACGCCAUCCUCACCGUCGUUCCCGUGGAGAUCGACCCUUGACCUUCACUCCAGUUAAAAAUGUAGCCAGGUUUUACUCAUCACCAGUGGACUACCUGGUGGUAGUGGGGGGUGGGGGUGGGGGAUCCUAUGGACACGCCAUCCUCCUGUGAGUUGCCAGGUUCUGGAACAUUCUGGCGAUAUGCCUUGAAAAUGAGCGACUGUACGGAUUGCUGUAAAAAGCCAUGCUGUACUUCCUGUGUGUGUGUGUGUGUGUGUGUGUGUGUGUGUGUGUGUGUGUGUGCGUGCGUGCGUGUUGUGUGGGUUGUUUGGUUUUAAUUUUUCUACUCUUUUUGGGUCACCACCAACAAAUGAGAAGCUAUUGUUGUCUGUCGACUCUCUUUUUAAUAUUAUUGCUCAGUCAGGCCUUCCUCUGCACUUUUGUAGCUAUUUAGAGACUCGCUGAGCACAUCUACAGUAACGUGUAUAAUUAUUGUGUUCUAACCUUUUUUUAUUGAAAAAAAAAAAAAAAAGUACUGUAGAAUAUUUUGUUGAUUACGUGACGUUUGAUGGAAAUAAAUGGUUUCGCCUUUG